AAAAUCUCUGCAUGAGAGAGGUAUUAAGUUUGCCGCUGUGAUCAUUCUUAAGGAGCAACACAUGGAAGAACAAAUGACCGAAGAACGAUUGAGUAACAUCCGAAAAACAAGUGGCCUUGACACAAAAAAUUGCUUCUUUGUGUUGACUCCUAGUGUACAUGCGGAUCUUCCCGACUACGUCUCAAACAUACAAAAAGCACUUUACGAACAUGGUUUGAAUUAUUAUCGUGAGCACGGAAAGCGAGUUAAACGAAAGAAAUCAAGAUUGCCUUCACCUUCCGCUGUGGGUUAUGUUAAUCCGUCAAAGGAACAUCCAGCCGCUGAAUCUCAUCCACUAAGCGUACAAGGUUGGAUGGUUCGCUAUGAUUACAAGAUGGCGACUUUUGCGGAAUUCCGCCAAGAGAUGAAUGCCGCAAUAAUUUAUUAUUCAUCGUGUUACGAUCAUCUUGUGGAUUUAUUCGCCCCUCAAUCGUCAAUAACUCCAGGUGCACCAGGCUUACCGAUACGUAAUAAAAGGUGGACCGAAGCACGAGUAUUGGCUGAUUGUAUCAAUUUAAAGAUAUGCAAACUGAAUAUGUAUAUUGAUUCCCCGUCAGCUGCAUUGGUACAAUUAAAUAAACACGUCAGCACCUUUAACGAAUUAUACAAUACGUUGGGAAUUGGUGAAGAUACAUUUGAAUAUUGGUCUUGGUUGUCGAAACAAUACCGUAUUUUCGGAGAUGUCUUAGAGGUGGCUACACGAUCCGGAUUUAUCAUACCGGAUCCGUCGACAGUGAAUCAUCACAUCUCGUCAAACGAUUAUAGAUUCACAUCAAAUAAUAGUACCGACAACACCGGAGUUAAUCCUUCCACAGUUCUCCAUCACCCUGGUUUUUACUACCAUUUGGCAGCAAAAUAUAAUUCCAUGAGAAGGAAAAGGUUCUUGGAAUUGGAAAAGAGCCUUCUGAAAAUUGAUAACUUAAAGGUUCCUCCUAUUAUAAUUGAAGCUGAGAGAAAUCUAGAUCAUUCAACGUUGACCAUAGAACUUUUAACAAAAAGUUACGAACAAUUCAAGAAGCAGAAAACCGGGCGUAUGACACUUUACCUUGCUUCCCAAAUAGCCGAAACUUAUUUUGAGGCUGGAAAAUAUGAUAUGGCGUUAAAGUUUUUUGAACGUAUCGCUAAAACUUAUCGCAAAGAAAAGUGGCACACAGUCCUUGAAUCUAUCUUACAUUGGUCUCUAAGAUGUUCUAAGGAAUUUGGAACUUACGACAAUGUCAUAGAAUAUUACAUUGAACUCUUGUCAGACCAAUUUCAAAUGAGCGAACAGAAACGGGUUGAAAUUCAAAAAGAGUUGAUGGAUGUCAUUUACAAAAGUGAAUUAUCGAAUUCGAUUUCCCCCCGUCACGUUGUUAUUGACAUGAAUGAGAUUAAUUCAUUUUUAAAUUGUCAUGUGCAAUAUAAGGAUUUUGAGACAUUUGUUGGAACUCCUACAUAUUUUCAGGUUAUCUUUUCAUCACCACCCAGCACGCCUCCAUUGCCCUUACGAUUCACGUUUCUCCGCUUUUCAUUCAAUGAUUCAUACUUUAAUUAUUAUUUGGAUGAUAAUGGACAAGAUGAAAUUGUUGAUGGUAAUUUGCAAUGGAUAGAUUGCAAAGAUUGCUCAAGGGAAGAAAGGGAAGGAGAAGGUCAUGUAUGGAUUAAAAAAACGAAUCUGUCGGUGUUAAGGGGUACCACUAAGGUCUUUGAAGGUCUACUUGUGCCUAAGGAGUGCGGUGAACUAACGCUUCAGCUUGUAACCCUUGGGUUUGUAACCGCGAAUUGGAAAAUUGAGUUUCGUUUUGACGUUAAUUCCUUUCGGGAUGAAAUUUUAAAGCGCAAAUGGCUUAAAUUGGACGAUGCUAGUGGAGAACAAGUUUCGAAACCAAAAUUUGUGAACUUGGAAGGAAAUGGGGAAUUCAAUUCAAUAAAGGUAACGCAAAAACAAGCAAAGCUUGAAAUUAAGGCUAAACAUUUAGCACCGGCUUUGCUAGACGAAUACUACCCCAUCGAAUUAACCAUAAAUAAUAUGGAAUCCGAAGAUAUUAAGGCAAUUUUCCAUGUUGGACUUUUCUCAGAUAUUAAUGAUUCAGAGGAUCGGGUAGUUUUGGAUUACAAUAGUAGUGAUACCAUUCAUUUGAAAGACAUAGAUUUAGGUGUAAUAAUCGCUAAUGGUUCACUUGUGAAAACGAUUUAUAUAUUGGGAAAAAAGCAUGCGGGCGCUAGGGUUCUUAAUUUAGUUAUUUGGUACUCUUUUGUUUCAUCAAUACCGCAAGCCUCUCCCCCGACACAAGAUUGGAUUGAAAAAAGAAAAGAUAUUAGAUUAUCGUUUGUCUCACCAUUUUCGGUUACGUUUAGCAUUUCCCUUCUGGGUCAAGAGUUUGGACAAGAUAAUGUUGUAAAUAUUAAGUCGUCACGUGAACGAAUAGAAAGGCAUCUUUUAGUUGCGAAGAUUUCUAGUAUUGGUCCGUGGGAUAUUGUUGUAUCUGCGAUCGACUUAAUAAUGCUUGACCAAGCAAAUGCCCAAACUAAGAUCGAAGUUAUUGCAUCUUCUACAGAAUUGGAUAGUGAAUCUUUGGAACAAUUGUGGAGACCCGGAUACAUUUUUAAUGUGAAUUAUUUUUUGGAGUUGAAAAUUUUGGAUGAAAACGUAUUAGAUCAAAGUGUGGACAUAGGAUUGCUUGAUAUUCAAUGGAAAAGGAAACAAUCAAUCGAACAUGUCGACGCACCAUUCACCGAGACAACGACGAUGGUACCUCAACUUCAACGGCACGAAUCGGAUUUAUCUGCUAUCAUAGAAAUUCCACCGAAUCCUGUUGUUGGAAAAAUUUUUACCCUUACGUACAAAAUUACAAAUUGGUCUUCAGCACCUAUUGAAAUAUAUGUUACGGUUGAAGUCAACGACGCUUUCGUAUUUUCUGGUUAUAAGCAGACACACUUUAGUGUUGAUUCCUUUUCAACCUAUUUCUUUAAAGUAAACUGUUUCCCACUAAUUCCCGGAAAAAUUCGAUUGCCGAGAGCAAAAAUGGCACAAAUUCGGGAGCCAGGUAAAGUUGGACAGGAAAUUUCCAUUGUUGCACCUGGAUAUAAGGAACCGCACGAGGACGAUUG